CACACCUGAGCCAACACACAUCGAUCACGCAGCUCUCUCUCGCGCAGCUAGCAAUGCCGGCCAUGGCGCGUGAGGAGAAGGUGGCGGAGACGAAGGCGAAGGCGAAGCCGGCGCCGCCGCACUACCUGGUGGUGACGUUCCCGGCACAGGGCCACAUCAGCCCGGCCCGCCACCUGGCCCAGCGCCUCCUGCGGGCCACCCCGGGGUCCCGCGUCACGCUCUCCACCGCCGUCUCCGCCUGCCGCAAGAUGUUCCCGGAGAACAACGCCGCCGAGGUCGAGCUCGUGGACGGCGCGGGCAUCCAUUACGCGGCCUACUCGGACGGCCACGACGAAGGGUUCGACCGCGAGAAGGGCGACAACGCGGCCUACAUGCGCGCGCUCAGGCUCGUGGGGGCCCAAACCCUGGACGCGCUCCUGGGCCGGUUCCGCGACGAGGGCCGGCCCGUCACGCGGAUCGUCUACACGCUGCUCCUCUCCUGGGUCGCCGCCGUGGCCCGCGCGCACGGGGUCCCCUCCGCGCUCUACUGGAUCCAGCCCGCCACCGUGCUCGCUGCCUACUUCCACUACCUCCGCCGCACCGACGGCGUGGACAAAGCCAUCGCGGACGCGGCCCGGGCCGGGGACCUGUGGGCCGAGGUCCAGAUCCCGGGAAUCACGGCCCAGCUCCGCGUCCGCGACCUCCCGUCCUUCCUCAUCUCCGGCGCCGUCGUCGACGACCCUGCGAGCUCCGACGACCCCUACGUCAUGGUCCUGGCCGAGUUCCUCGAGGACCUCGCCGCGCUGGCCCGCGAGGACGAUCCGAAGGUUCUCGUCAACACCUUCGACGCAAUGGAGCCCGACGCCGUGGCCACGCUGAGGGAGCACGGCCUCGGCGUCGUCCCCGUCGGCCCUCUGCUCUCCUUCCUCGACGCCGGCCUCGGCACGCCGGCGCCGGCCAGCAACAACGACCUGUUCCAGCAGGACGGGAAGGACUACAUGGCGUGGCUGGACGCGCAGCAGGAGGGGUCAGUCGUGUACAUCUCCUUCGGGUCCCUGUCGGUGAUGAGCGAGCGGCAGGUGGCCGAGAUCGCCCGCGGCAUGGCCGACAGCGGGCGCCCGUUCCUGUGGGUGCUCAGGAAGGACAACCGCGCCGGCGCCGGCAUCGACGUGGACGGCAUCUCUGAGAAGGGCGGCAACGGCAUGGUGGUGGAGUGGUGCGAGCAGGGGAAGGUGCUGGGCCACGCGGCGGUGGGGUGCUUCGUGACGCACUGCGGCUGGAACUCCACCGUGGAGAGCGUGGCCUGCGGGGUGCCGGCCGUCGGCGUGCCGCAGUGGACGGACCAGGGGACCAACGCAUGGCUGCUCGAGCGGAUCGGCGUCGGGGUUAGGGCCGCCGUUAGUGAAGACGAUGGCGUGCUGGAGGCCGAAGAGCUGCAGCGGUGCCUGGCGUUCGCGGCGUCGGAGCCGGUGCGCGCCCAGGCCGCGCUCUGGAGGGACAAGGCGCGCGCCGCCGCGGCGCAGGGCGGCUCGUCCGAGAAGAACCUCAGGGCUUUCAUGGAGCAAGCCAUCGCCCCUGGCGGCGGCAACUAGCCUGCAGCUAUCUUGCCUUGCCUUGCCUCAGUUGCCUGGCAUGCAUGCGUGCGUGGUCCUGCAGAGCGACAGAUCAGUCGUAGUCUAAAUAUUUCGAUUCAGACAUUUAUUUGUUGUAGCCGUUGCUGCUUGCUGUGCUGUACCUGGGAAAGAUCGAACGAUGCCGUUCGCUUCUUCUUCCUUUUUGCGGUGAAAAAGGAAUAUUCAUUGAUCAUGAGAUUCA